CCGCAUUGCUAAUGAUAUUUAUUACUGCUAGUGUAAUGUUUUGCCAAGAGAGGGCGGCAGUAGUACCAGGAGCCUGGUUACCAAGUAACACAUAAACCACACCAGAAAAACCAUGUCUAUGUUCAAAGCCAAAGUUUUACUUCUCGGGCCGAUGGAAAGUGGCAAAACAGUCCUGGCUAAUUUCCUGUGUAAAGCCACUGAAGUUACAAAUAUUUCUCCUACUGUUGGGGUCAGAAUAAUGGAGUUUGAACAGCCAAUGAUUCUGGAUGGUCGUAAUACUGUUGCUGAUAUCGAAUUAUGGGAUUGUAGUGGUGAUCAUAGAUAUGAAUCCUGUUGGGCAGCAUUUAGUAAAGAUGCCAAUGGUAUUAUCUUUGUUUAUAACCCAGACCGUACCAACCACAACAAAGAACUUGAAGAGCUACUUGCUUAUUUCCUACCUCAGACAGGCCUUACCACCAACCACUGCUUCUGUGUGAGCAAUGUCAGAGCUGAGGCUUACAAUGCCCCUGUUCGCAGUGAACUCCCUCCAUCAUUUCAGAACAUCCAGUGCAUUGAAGCAAAUUUGGAGUCCAGUUCAGCAGAUCUGAGAGAGCAGCUUGAAAAGUUUCUUAUGACUGUGUUGGUAGCCAUGACUGACAAACGUGACCAAGAGGAACUCAGCAUCAUGAAUAAAAGAUGAUGAAGUGGUAGUAGCUUGGACCCAGUUACUUGCUGUUUCAUACAUGGCUUUAACUUAUCAGUGAACGAUCUGAAGGAGUCAGACAAUUCUAGGGAGGGAAAGAGAGAGAGAGUAGGUGGGGGGUGGGGGAAGACAUAUCACAAAAUAAAUCUGUUUUUGUUACUUGAAAUAA